CGUGUUCAUCGCUGUUUUGUCGUCUGUUUCGCCAGGCCAAAGUAUUGUGUCGACGUCGACGUGCGUUGAACGUGCCCGAAUGCACAUUCAGGCGUUGUACGAUGCUCGCUGGUCACGAUCGUUGGCUAUCGGUGGACACCUGUCCGGACGACAGCGACCAAAAAUAGAGAACGUACGCGGGUCGUGAGGCGUUCGUCUGACAUCAUGUCAUCCAGAAGGAACAACUGUGGCCUGUUGGCCAGGGUAAACUUCCCUUUAUACACCCUGCAAAUGUUGACCAGCAGGCACAUCCUUGUAGGUGGGGGUGGAGGUUCCUCCAAGACAGGGGUAGCCAAUGGAUUUGAAAUAUUUGAGUUGUCCCACAAUGGCACACAAUUUGUAGCUGAAGAAGUAACUAGACAUGAAACAGGUCCUAGCGUCGUGAUGAAUUGCACAGCUUACAACAAUGGCAAAAGAACCUGGAUUGCAGCUGGCCAAGAGAGCCACUGCCAGCUAUAUAAUGUCAAUACCAAGGUGAUCACUGUAGAGAAUGGAGAAGUCAUCAAAGAUACCGAUAAUGCUAAGGAAGGGCUUAUUCAUAGGAAGAAAGCAGAAGGGAGCAAUGCAAAGGAAAGGAUAGAGGAGAUUAAGGAUAACUCUAAUAUUAAGAGCAAAAAGCUGCAGUUGAUUGUUAAGCCCUCUGACAGUGUUCAGACUGAUUUUAGCAAGGAAGAGCCCUUGCAAAGGAUCGUCAGAAUAAGCUUAAAUGGAAAGUUCAUGGCCACUGGCGGCACGGAUGGUCACAUCAGAUUGUGGAAAUUCCCACAGCUGCAUACGCUACACGAUCUAGACGCGCAUACUAAAGAAAUCGACGAUAUAGAUUUCAGUCCGGACGGUACGUUAAUCGCAAGCAUCGCGAAAGACGGCAAAGCUUAUCUGUGGAAUGUAUCCAGCGGCAACAAGGACAAGGAACUGACUUGGUCACCUCCGAAUUUUCUGAAGUAUAUGUACAAAAGAUGUCGGUUCCGAAAAUUCGCGGAGGAUAAGUCGAAGACACAGCUGUUCAUACUUUCCAACGCAGUUACUGGAAAGAAUAUCAGUUUCCUGCAAAUGUGGGACAUUGAUUCUGGCAGCAUAGUUAAGGCAGUGCCUUACAAAGAGACGCUAUCCGCACUGGCGGUGUCCGAUGAUGGGAAAUUCGUCGCAGUUGGGACAAUGUUCUCAGGCAGCGUGGACAUUUACGUCGCUUUCAGUUUGAGAAGAGCUUUGCAUGUUCCUGGAGCGCAUAGCAUGUUCGUGACCGGUUUGGAAUUCUUACCAACGAAACUGGAUGGCCCGGCAAUCACUAGUAACACUGAAACUGCUGUCGUCAGCAUUUCUGUUGACAACAAGAUUUGCAUACACAGCAUACCGUUCAGACACACACUGCCAUUCUGGUUUGUCAUCAUUGUAAUUAUUCUGAGUAUAUGCUGCGCGUUCAUGUUCUGCAGCUACGUCGGAAUAUGACCCAAAACUUAUGUUCUCGACGCGAUCACGAAGAGCAAUACUUUCUCUAGGAUUGUAUGAGAUCAUGACUAAACAUCGAAGUUUCUCACACGCCUAUUCCGGCUCGUAAAACUUAAUAAAAAUCGGGAGGUGGACGGAAGUAGGUCUCGCGUAAACGCGUGUGCACGGUUCCAAUGAUGCACCGAAUUAAUUGCAAUUUCCUAUGGGGGCGUGGGUCCUACGGUUAUUAUUUAAACAACGUUGAAUUUAACGCUACUGUGAUAAACAGUUACAGUGCACCGUUCUGGCAAACAUUAUUGUACAUAGACGUUAUUUUAUUGAUUCCCCGCGUUUCCUAGAUACACCGAUUGUCUAGAGCUCAACGAUUUCUUUCGUAUUUAGAGACUUAUCUUCGAUAAAGACCAAUUUACAAACACGCGUCCCUCGUACUUGAACAGUUCGCGUGGAUUUAUUUCGGCUACUGCAUUUAUUUAAUUCACUCUGUACGAUAUUUCCAUGUAUAGUUAGCAAGACUAGUACACGGUGACACGUUUGUGUAUAUUCCUCGGCGUUCGACGCUAUUUUUAUUACAUUAUCCUUCUCCUCUCCUAGCCCGUGUCUCUUGCAAGUGGUCGUCGAUUUUCGUUUUUUUUUCAAAAAGACAGAUCAAGGUUAACUGGUCGCGUAUAAAUAGCACACACUCGCACGUUGCACAGCGUUCUAUCGUUUCUUUUUUCGCGGGACGUGAACCAAGAAUUUCCUAUAAGAGGGAAGAAUGCCAUAGAGAAAAUAGUUCAUGUCAAGGGGGAUAUGAUUCACCAUGUCAUGAAUCAACGUUGUACGACGAGUUGUGUAUAGGGACAUAAAUAUGUACAUUUUGUUAAUGUAAUAAACUCUAAUGUAUCAAAGA